UGAAUCAAAUGCCAUCUGCUAUUGGAGAUAGCGGGCACCGGAACACACAGGACAGGUGAGCAACUGAAUCAAAUGCCAUCUGCUAUUGGAGAUAUCGGGCACCGGAACACACGGGGCAGGUGAGCAACUGAAUCAAAUGCCAUCUGCUAUUGGAGAUAACGGGCACCGGAACACACGGGGCAGGUGAGCAACUGAAUCAAAUGCCAUCUGCUAUUGGAGAUAUCGGGCACCGGAACACACGGGGCAGGUGAGCAACUGAAUCAAAUGCCAUCUGCUAUUGGAGAUAUCGGGCACCGGAACACACGGGGCAGGUGAGCAACUGAAUCAAAUGCCAUCUGCUAUUGGAGAUAACGGGCACCGGAACACACGGGGCAGGUGAGCAGGUGAAUCAAAUGAAAUCUGCUAUUGGAGAUAGCGGACGCCGGAACACACAGGACAGGUGCACCCCAAACACGGCAAGACUCGACUGAGCUAAUCCUGGACUGUAGCCGACAAAGGAUCGAGUAUCCGGGUAGUUGCGAGUUGCUUCAGGACAGGCGAUCGGUUCCUUUGAUGUCACAGUUCAAAACAAGCUGUGUUCUCACCUGGGUAUUUGCACAGGUAGAGAGAGAGAGAGAGAUUUAAAAUAAUAACAUUGCAGCUCGCAGGCGGGCGAACUUGUUGCGCGUCCGCGUCGUGCUGCUGGGCUGAAUGCAACCAGGAAAUACACAGUCAAAUAAAAGGUUUGAGCGACUUCCCUGUCAGUUUCAUCAAGUCUGUGAUUAAUUGCAGCAGCAGAGAUUUGCCACCUCACCCAGGAAUUCUGUAUAGUUUGCUAUUGGAGUACAGCUCACUCCUCACGCACUGUACAACAACACGGCGGGACUGCACAGGGAGUGAUGACCUGCUGUGACCAGCAGAGGGAGCUCCUGUAACAGCAAUGAGAGUGAACUCCUCGAUGAGCCCCGGCCUGGGCAAUGCAGCUGAGAGCACCCCCGCUCCGAGGGACCAGGUGAUCCCCGCUGGCCCCCCUUCCCCUCUCCCUGCUUGGCUGGACCAUUUACCACAAGGGGGGACCCGGGGCUGGCCUGGCACAGAGAGGGGGCGCUGUUCCUCCCUCUCCUCUGUGGACCCUUGUGGGGCAGGGGGGGCCCCCCUCAGAUGCCUGUCCCAGCUCAGAGUGAGCGCGGGGCCUCUCGAUGCUUUCCGCAGGCACAGCUGGGAGCCAGGCAAAGAGGAGCAGUACUGCCCACACUACAAGCACCACAGUGUGAGUUUGGAGAGGCUCGACCCUGAAGGGAUGGACAGAGUGAUGGGCGGUUCAGUCCCCAGGAGCACAGGUCGCGACCCCCGCAGGAAUCCCAUAAUCCACAACAGCGAGAUGCUGGACUCUCUGACGUCACUGUUGGAGGAGAGUGAGGACUUCCUGUUCCUGCAGGACCAUGCAGAUCGCCUGCAGGCUUACAGCUGCUCCGCCCCCUCCCUCUGUGUGACCUUGUCCGACAUGGAGCGGACAGACCAGGACCCCGACGAAAUCUCGCUCUAUUCUGAAGGAGGCAGUUCCACACUCAGUGUCAAUGCAGAGGGUGAUACAGGCAGUGUGCUGGAUCUCUCUUCCAGUGACUAUAAGCCCGGGAGCCCUCUCAAUCGAACCCUGAGCUUCUUCAAGAAGAUGGCUGGCAAGUCCAAGGUAGGACUCGAAAGCAACUGAACACGUUGAAUGAGAGGAAACGUGUUCUGAAUGUUAUACUUGAGGCCCAGACUCUUCACUACUUCACCUUCGUUUAGGUGUAAGCAAGGCAGUGAAAGCAGGCACAGCUGAUCAACAUUUCAGAUUCAGGCUUCAACCACAAACAAAUACCUGCAUCGUCUUUAAACAAGCAUUGUUUUCCAGUCACUCUUUGUGUCCCUCGUUGAGAUAUGAUCAUUUAACUCGCUUGACAGCUAGCGAAGUGUGUGGGUGAAUGUGUGUGUGUGUGGGUGCGCUCAUAUGCUCCUCUGUGAUUAUCCCAGGAGGUGUUUGGUGAGCUGUGUUGCGUGGGAGAGCUUUGAAUAAAGAUGUGUUAUCCUCAAUAAAACCCACAGGUUUUUGUGACUAAUGGUGCCUACCUAAAAGAUCACUUCUUUAGCUGGGUAAAGUGCAGCACAGAAACCACGCUGCAUUGAUAAAGGCACUAUAGGAAUGGAAAGCGUUGCUGCACAGCGUGACGUACAGCCCAUCCAGAACGUGGUGCAGACCUGCUGCUCAUGUCUUGGGCAGCGGCGUUAGGGUUGCAAUUGGUUAGUGUGAUAUUGUGGACAAUUUGUUGUCAUGGUUGUUUACUGGACUGAUGCUGCUAUUGAUCUUGUAGCCAGCAGAUGGCAGGGUUUCCUUUGUGUCAUUUCUCGAGUUACAGGUAUUUUAUUUAAAUUAUUAAAAGCAUUACACAGGCUGAGAAGCGACCUAACACUUACAUCAUUGUCUGUUCUGUUAGCGGAAAGGCUGC